ACUUUAGAGGGCUGCAUAACAAGGUAAGACUGGCAUUCUAUCUCAUGUUAAUAUUAUUCAUCUGAUUGGACCACUCCAACAUUAACACUACAGAGGAAAGAUGCCUGAAUACAAAGGGGUCUUAACGACUGAAGACCGUCUCUUAGCAAAAACUUGGGAUCGUAUCUACAUUAAAUUAGUGGGGACAGAUGGGGAGAGCCAACGCAAAGCCCUCUCUCGUGGCUCAUACCCUGAAUCUGUUUUUAAAGUUAAGGUGGAUCACAACAACUCCAUUGGCAAACUGGUACUGAUUGAGCUGGAAAAAAAAACUGGUCUUCUGCCACCACAAGACUCCUGGUUCCCUGCCAAGGUGGAGCUCAAGUCCCCUGAAGGAGAGACCUUCCACUUCCCCAUCCAUCGCUGGAUCACUGACGAUGAAGUUCAUCAGUUCAGAGAGGCCACAGCUUGUUUAGUGUUUGAUGACAGCCAUCCUCUUGCGAGCCAAAGCAGAACGGAAGAGUUAAAACAGAGAAAGAAACAGUAUCGCUGGAGCAUUUAUGCAGAGGGAAUUCCUCACUGUAUGAAGAUUGACUUUUUUCAUGGUCUGCCUGACGAGGUCCAGUUCUCCUACACUAAACAAGCCGAGUUUGGAUUCACUGCUAUACAAGGGCUGAUAGAGCUGAAACUCGACGGACUAGCGGCCCGUAAAGAAAAGUGGACGAGCAUUGAUGCCAUCGGCAAAGUCUUCCGCCACAAACAAACUGCACUGUCUGAAUACGUUCAGCAGAACUGGAAGAAGGAUUCUCUAUUUGGCUACCAGUUUCUAAACGGUGUCAACCCAAUGGUGAUCCGUCGUUGUUCGGUGUUGCCGGAAAACUUUCAAGUCACCGAUCAAAUGGUGUUCCUCCGCGGUGGGAGGAGCCUAACAAAAGAAAUGCAGAGCGGAAACAUAUUCCUCUGUGACUACAAACUCUUGGAUGGACUGAAAGCCAACAAGGUUAAUGGCAAGCAGCAGUACCUGAUGGCCCCCCUCGUCCUGCUCCACAAAACCCCUGAGGAUCAGCUGAUGCCCAUAGCUAUCCAGUUGAAGCAGGAACCAUCAGAGGACAACCCCAUCUUCUUUCCUACCGACUCAGAGUACGACUGGUUGUUGGCCAAGAUGUUUGUCAGAAGUGCAGAUUUCCAGGACCACCAGCUUAACUCCCACUUGCUCCGCACUCAUCUUCUGGCAGAAGUCUUUUCUGUCUCACUCCUGGGUAACCUGCCCAUGGUGCAUCCACUGUACAAGCUCCUGGUUCCACACACUCGCUACACCCUCCAGAUAAACGCCCUAGCCCGGAACCUACUCAUAUCUGAGAGUGGAAUUUUCAAUACGAUCACCUCUUCUGGUGGAGAGGCUUUGCAAAAAAUCCUGCAACGAGCCACAUCAUCUAUGACCUACACCUCGCUCUGCAUUCGGGAUGACAUCAAGGAGAGAGGGCUGGAGUCUGUGCCCGACUUCUACUACAGAGAGGAUGGCUUCCAGAUGUGGGACAUCAUCAACAGGUUUGUUCAGGGAGUGCUUGGCUACUACUACAAAGAAGACUCUGAUGUCCAGCGAGACACAGAGCUACAGACCUGGGUUCUGGGCAUCUUUGUACAUGGAUUCCUUUCACGGCCGGAAUCUGGAAUGCCGCAAAAAUUGAACACUGUAGCUGAGCUGGUGAAAUUCGUCACCAUGGUGAUCUUCACCGGUUCUUCCCAGCACGCUGCAGUAAACAACGGCCAGUUUGAAUACGGUUCAUGGAUGCCCAACACUCCAACGACCCUACAGCGCCCCCCGCCAACAUCCAAGGGAACUGCAGAUGAAAGCUCCCUCCUGGAAACUCUCCCUGAUGUCAACGCCACCGUUAAUGGCAUGGCUGUUAUGUAUCUGCUCAGCAAGCAGUCCAGCGAUUUUGUGCCCCUUGGCCACUACCCUGAAGAGUAUUUCUCUGAAAGAGUUCCACACCAGCACAUGCAGCUCUUUAAAGGGGAGCUUGGACUUUUAAGUUCAAAGAUUGAAGCCAGAAACUUGGGUCUGAUAAUCCCGUACACGUUUCUGGACCCAGCGUUGCUGGAGAAUAGUGUAGCCAUCUGAUAGCAUGAGCUAUGGGGGGUAGGAGGCUCUGGUGGUCCUGAAGGUGGACUCCCAGCUGAAGGUUUGGGUUCAAACUCCAUUGUCUACACGGUCUGCUGCCUACAAAUUUAAAUUAAAAUCGUAAUCAUUUAAUUCUCAAAUCUUUAGAACUGGGAGAAGCAAAAACUGAUAAUAUGUGCAAGUGUUUGUUCCUCUGAAAUUGUUGAUUCAAAAGAAAAAGACAAAAGAAAGUAACAUUAACCAUGUCUUACAUUCUAAACACUCCAUUGUGAACGCUUCUUUACUUCUGCUUAUGUAGGCCUACCUCCUUCACAAUUUUAUAUUUCACUACUCUGCAUCACUUUGACAUGCAAAACAAAAACAUAUUCAACAUUUCUUCAGCUGUUUUUUUUAUAAUUGUUCUCAUGCUCAUCCUACAUGUCAAGAACAUCCACAGGUGUCAUGCCGAGUAAAUGCCCUCGAUAUAAAGCGUGUCCCCGUUUCCGGGAGCACGCAUGCAUUAAGGGAAGAGGGAGCUACAUUACUACGCUACGAUCUCUUAAUUAUAAAUUAGACACAUUUGGUUUGUUUGAUUCAACACCUAUCAAGAAGGUUUUGCUAAGUAACCCUUUGAUCAUCUCUCAAAAGCAAUGCUUCUUCUACACGUGCGGUCGACCUUUGUAUAAUUAAUUGCACUGAAUUGAGAAUGUCUACGGGAAAAACAAAUAUAUAUAUUUUUUUUUCAUUCCAUAUUUUGACAAUGUGAGUCGAAUUCUUCAUCCUUUAAUUGUAAUUUAAGGAUUUUGGUCAAUUCAAAUUCAGAUUUGAUAUUGUAAAAUCAAGAUGCAAUUACUCGCCUCAAUUAAAUUUACUUGACUCAAGUUUUACAUUUAACUGAAUGAAGCAUUGUAAACAACAUUUUGUUUCUUUAAUCCACUACAAAUGUAAGCCUCCCUUAGGAUAUUGUUGUAAAGGAUUCUGAAUUCCACCUCCUCAAAGGGUAAAUAAUAAAAAUUAUCAUGAUAAUAAUGUA